AUGAGGCUUUCUUUGAUAGCGCUCUGCGCUUCGCUCAUCGUGGCCGCCUCUAGCGCUCAAAGUCUUACCAUCGACGUAGGAUCUUCCUCCUCAUCCUCUGCACUACUGCUUGCGCGCUCCGAUGCAGCGUCGUCCGUGUCAUCUUCAAACGGAAACUUGCCACUAGCCAAACGAGUCGAUGACGCAGCAGCAACCGCAGAUGUCGAGAAGAUCGAUGUCGAAGCCGAGGAAGAAGACUCGUCCGAUGACGCCACGCUCGAAGGGCGAGCGCGAAAACACCGCCACAGGCAUCACCGAUCCCAAAAGCACUCUGGUCGUCAUCACCGACAAAAGUCGCACGUGCAUCACAAAACUAAACACACCAAGACGAAACCGCACCAAGCCUACACUUCCUCCUCCAGCGACGGCACGUACGAAGGCAAAGGCACCUUCUUCAGCCCCAACCAAGGUGCCUGUGGAAAGUGGAACACUCCAGGCGACAAGAUCGUAGCUCUUUCGAAGGAUAUCUACGACGAUGGAUCGCAUUGCUUUGAUACGAUCGAUCCAGUCGCACCAAUCGCAACCAUGGCAAACGGAGGAGAAGUCGAGCUGCGCACCACCGCGUCCCGCGCCAACGGCGCAUCCGCUCCCGUCCUCAACAGGAUCAGCAGAUACAUUACGCAGUCUGACGACAAGGGAGCUGCCCAGUCCAUGCUUCACGCAUGUGGUCUCAGCGUGGAAGACCUUGCGAAGCCUCAAGUCGGCAUCUCGUCCGUAUGGUGGGAGGGCAACCCUUGCAACACGCACCUGCUCGAGUUCGGCCGCAAGAUCAAGCAGGGAUGCGAAGCCGUCGGGCUCGUCGGUCUGCAGAACAACACGGUGGGCGUAUCGGAUGCGAUCACCAUGGGCGGUCCAGGCAUGCAGUAUUCGCUUCCGUCUAGGGAGCUCAUUGCGGACUCGAUCGAGACCAUCACGAUGGCGCAGUACCAUGACGCCAACGUGUCGAUCCCGGGAUGUGACAAGAACAUGCCAGGCUGCCUGAUCGCUUGUAUGCGUCACAACCGCCCGUCCAUCGUUGUGUACGGCGGAACAAUUCAGCCUGGCAGGCACGGCAUGGACAUGCCUGGUCUCGGCAGGAAAAAGGGCGACCCCUGCAACGUCGCUGACAACUUUGAAGCGACAGGAGCAUACGCCAAAGGUCUCAUCACCGCCGAGCAGCGUGUCGACCUCAUCCGAAACGCUUGCCCCGGUCCCGGUGCUUGUGGAGGCAUGUACACGGCCAACACGUUGUCUAUCGCCAUCGAAGUUAUGGGCAUGGGCCUGCCCAUGACUAGCAGCAUCCCAGCCGUCUAUCCUGAAAAGAUGCAAGAGUGUCUUCGAGUCGGAGGCUACAUCAAGAAUCUCCUCGAAAUGGACCUCAAGCCGCGCGAUAUCAUGACCAAGGAGGCGUUCGAGAAUGCGAUCGUCAUGACGCACGUUCUUGGUGGUUCGACGAAUGCGGUGCUUCAUCUGCUUGCUGUAGCUCGCGCUGGUGACAUCGACAUCACCAUUGACGACUUCCAGAGGCUGGGUGACAGGACGCCAAUGCUGGCAGAUGUCAAGCCCUCAGGCAAGUACUACAUGGAGGAUAUUCACAAGAUCGGAGGUGUGCCACGUGUGCUCAAAUACAUCCUGGAGAACACGGAUCUGCUGCACGGCGAUGUCAUGACGGUGACCGGCAAGACGAUGCGCGAGAACCUUGCCGACGUUGAACCGCUCGAGUUCGAGACGCAAGAUAUCAUCCGACCGCUCAGCAACCCGAUCAAGGCUACAGGUCAUUUGACCAUCAUGCGCGGAUCCCUCUGUCCUGGUGGCGCUGUGUCCAAGCUAACCGGCAAGGAAGGACUGUACUUUGACGGCACCGCUGUUGUGUUCGACGGGGAAGACGGCAUCACCGAAGCCAUUGCUGAAGGGCGUGUAAAGGAUGGCAGCGUCGUCAUCAUCCGAUACGUCGGACCGAAAGGUGGUCCCGGAAUGCCCGAGAUGCUGGGUCCUACCGGUGCCAUCAUGGGCGCCGGAUUGGGCAAGACGGUAGCGCUGAUCACCGACGGUCGCUUCUCCGGCGCCUCGCAUGGCUUCUGCACCGGCCACGUCGUCCCAGAAGCAGCCGAAGGAGGUCCCAUCGCUCUUGUGCAGGAUGGCGACAGGAUCACCGUCGAUGCCAGCACCCGCGAGAUCAACGUUCAUGUAAGUGAGGAGGAGAUGGAGAAGAGGAGACAGUGGUGGGUCAAGGAGAGGAAACCCAAGAUUGUCCAGAAGCACAAGAGGGGCUGGCUGUACAAGUUUGUUAGGGAUGUACAGAAUGCUAGCGAGGGAGUUUGCGGAAACGUCAUGUUCGAUGAGCAAGUUCUUCCCGCUCAACCGUCGUUCGACAUCUCUGUAGACAACGGUGAUCACUACUCUACCAGAAGUUCAAACAAUCCUUCUCAGCUCGCAGCAAGCUGUUAUUCGAUAGACGGACAUUUCUCACCACGCAUCGUGGCCCCGGCUUCUUUCUUUACGAUCGAAUCCUGCGACUCAUCAUCAUCUUCAACUCGUAUUACGAACGACUCGAUACCAUCAGGUAGCAGUCGAUCAUUCUUCGCCGUCGAGAUGUCAUUCGGCUUCCAAUUCGAUGACUCGGAGAUGGACGAAGAGUACGUCACGUCUCCGCACCCUUCCAUCCCGUCAGCGACAGCAACUGCGUCGAUCUCGGCACAGGCGUCAACGUCGAAGACGACCGCAGCGCCGUUCCAGAGCCACUCGUUACACGAGAUGCUGCAAAACUUGCCUUCAAGGAUAUCCUACUCCGCCAUCGAUGUCAUCUUGCCCGGUACGGGUAGGGAGAGCAGCAGAGUGCAUAGGUUGUUGCGGCGCGAUCUGUUCGAUGCACGGUUUCAGAUGCUCAUCGACGACGACGACGACGAGGAGGAGGAAGGCGAGGCCAGCGCGAAUGGAACAGCGUCGCAACAUCGGAAUGGGAACGUGGAUGCGCAGUCCGACUUGAUACCCGGCGUAUAUGAAGGCGGGCUCAAGACGUGGGAAUGCGCGUUGGACCUUGUCGAGACGCUCGACGCGCUCCACUCUACCGCUAGCCCGUCCAGCUGGUCCUCCCGUCUCUCUUGCAAAAACGUCCUCGAGCUAGGUUGUGGAACGGCGCUACCUUCCCUCUUCAUCCUCUCCCAAGUACUCAACGAAGAACCUUUGGAUCGGCCGCUCAACCUCACAUUCCACCUCGCCGACUACAACGCCCAAGUUCUCCAGCUCGUAACCCUCCCGAACCUGCUCCUGACCUGGUACGCCUCACCCUCCUCCGCCUCGUACCGCUCCUCCACAGAAGCCGCACACACCACCCACGAACGCAACGAACUCCUCCGCAGAGGCCAGGAUCACUUUGACUCCGAAAACGAGCUCGCCAUCACCUCGGACCUCGUCGCUGCCUUCUCAGCAUCCCUAUCGCAACGUGGGAUUCACUUGAACUUCCAUUCGGGAGCGUGGUCCGAGUUCCCACCUACACUAGGCGGCAAGAUGGAUGUGAUCCUGACGUCCGAGACGAUCUACUCGUUGGAAUCGCUCCCCGCACUGGUGGACGUGGUGAGUCGCUACGCGGGCGGGUCAGCGUUGACACUGGUGGCGGCAAAGGUCAUCUACUUCGGUGUAGGAGGUGGUGUUGAACCCUUCAAGCAGACUCUUGCAGAGAAACACCCGCAGGCUAGAAUCGAGCCAUUGCUCAACGUCACCAAAGGUGUCGGUCGCACAGUCCUCUCAGUCACCUUCUAA